CAGGCUCAGCUGAGCUAUAAAAAGGCAUAGCAAGGGGGAGGGAGGGCUGCCGUGCAGUAGGAACUGUGCAGACACACACACACGGGGAUCCAGGGACGGCAGCCCCUUGCACUGGGAUCUAGAGCCACAGCGCGAAAAAGAGAGUUGAAGGAAAACCCUCAUCUAACGCAACACAAUGGCAGACAAAAUUAAAGAUGCUAAGAUCAUCUUUGUUGUUGGUGGGCCUGGCUCCGGAAAGGGCACCCAGUGUGAGAAGAUAGUCGCAAAGUAUGGCUACACCCACCUGUCCUCUGGGGAUCUGCUCCGUGCUGAGGUGGCUUCUGGCUCUGAGAGGGGCAAGCAGCUCCAGGCCAUCAUGCAGAAGGGAGAGCUUGUGCCCCUGGACACAGUCUUAGACAUGAUUAAGGAUGCCAUGAUCGCCAAGGCUGAUGUCUCCAAGGGCUACCUUAUUGAUGGCUACCCCCGUGAGGUGAAGCAGGGCGAGGAGUUCGAGAAGAAGAUCGGCAAACCCUGCAUGCUGCUGUAUGUUGAUGCCAAAGGAGACACCAUGGUCAAGAGGCUUAUGAAGCGCGGUGAGACCAGCGGCCGUUCUGAUGACAAUGAGGAGACCAUCAAGAAGCGCCUGGACUUGUAUUACAAAGCAACUGAGCCAGUCAUCGCCUUUUACGAGGGCCGUGGCAUUGUCAGGAAGGUCGACUCUGAGCUGGCAGUGGAUGAGGUCUUCUCCCAAGUCUCCAAGGCUAUUGAUGCACUGUAGUAAAACAACAUAACUAGAUGAGCUGUGUCUGGUUGUUGUUGUUUUAUUUUUUUUUUUAAUUUUAUUUUAUCAGUCUCAAUUUCAUAAGGACAUAACAUGAACAGCAACAGAAAUAAUCCCCUUCCCACUCAUCUUGGUUUAAAAAAAAAAGGCGGCCAUUAAUGAUCAAAGAUGCCUUAAAUCUACUCCUACUCCAGCAAUAGGAAUCUAUAAGUUUAAGCUCACACACAACAGUGAAAAUGCUUAAAAGUAGCGUCUGGAAAUCAGUUUUUUUUUAUGUAAGUCUUGCUUCCAUUCUGUGCUGAACAUGUAUGUGGAUGCAUCCAAGUGGCAUCUCAAAAGGUGCUGUACGCAGGAGGUGUCAACGUUACCGUCUCCUAACCUUUAAGGCACCACUCUGGGGACAAACAUGCACUUUACAUAAUGUUUUUGUCCCUUGCUUUAACCCUGCCAUAUAGAGUCUAUGAGAAAAUUAUAGGGUCCUUUAUAAUUGUGCCACCGAACAACAGCAGAGAUCACCCACUGUGUGCAAACUGGUGAAACUCUGUCUCCAUGUAAAUACACAGACCUUUUAAAAUUUCUCAGCCACCAUGGACUUCAUACAUUAUUUUAUAUUAAUCCAUUUACAACUAUAUUUAAAGCACAGAAACGGUUUACUUUUUUCAUGAAGAUGAACACAUGUAACAGGUGUCUAUAAAGUGAUAUAUUAAAAAAAAGUAAGAAAAUUAAAGUAUAUGGGAAAAAUGAA